AUGGCUGCUUGCAGCCACCAUCGGCGGUUCCAGCACACAUCAGACCACGGAGCUUCCCCCCCGUCUUCUCAGCCCGAAGAGAGCAACACCCAGAGCAGAAAUUCUUUCUCAAACUAUUUGAGAUCUCAUCCCUCUAACUUGUGGUUCUCAGUCUUUCCAUCUUUCUUUCUCCUAGAUGAGUUGGGCAUUUGUCCAAAAGGUGUCACCUCCAAUGUGUUCCGCUUUAAUGUGUCCUCGGCAGAGAAGAACAGCACCAACUUGUUCCGGGCUGAGUUUCGGGUGCUGCGUGUGCCCAACCCAAGCUCCAAACGCAGCGAGCAGCGCAUUGAGCUCUUCCAGAUCCUUCGGCCGGAUGAGCAUAUAGCAAAGCAGCGCUACCUCAGUGGCAGGAAUGUGCAGACACGGGGCUCCCCUGAGUGGCUGUCCUUCGAUGUCACCGAGACUGUGCGUGAGUGGCUUCUGCACAGAGAGUCCAACCUUGGCCUGGAAAUUAGCAUACACUGUCCUUGCCAUACUUUUCAGCCCAACGGGGACAUCUUGGAGAAUUUGCAUGAAGUCUUGGAGAUCAAGUUCAAAGGCAUUGACAGUGAAGAUGACUAUGGCCGUGGGGACUUGGGGCGCCUGAAGAAGCAGAAAGACUUGCAUAAUCCCCACCUCAUCUUGAUGAUGUUACCCCCACAUCGUCUGGAGAGCCCGGCAUCGGGAGGCCAGAGAAAGAAACGGGCCCUGGAUACCAACUACUGCUUCCGGAACCUGGAGGAGAAUUGCUGCGUGCGUCCUCUGUACAUCGACUUUCGACAGGACCUUGGCUGGAAAUGGGUCCACGAGCCUAAGGGCUACUUUGCUAACUUUUGUUCGGGCCCUUGUCCAUACCUCCGCAGCGCAGACACCACUCACAGCACGGUGCUGGGCUUAUACAACACGCUGAACCCUGAGGCAUCUGCUUCACCCUGCUGUGUCCCCCAGGACCUGGAGCCACUCACCAUCUUGUACUAUGUCGGGAGGACCCCCAAAGUGGAGCAGCUCUCCAACAUGGUGGUGAAAUCCUGCAAGUGCAGCUGAAAGGCACCCUGGCCCGCCCAAAGCCAAGAGAGAAACUGUCAGCACCCACUCUCCUGCUCCCAGGCUAACACAAAAGUAACUGGGGGUCAGAGACUAUGCAUGCUGAGGGCUGAGUGCCAAACCCUGUGGCUUAGGGUCUGGAAGCCCUUGGGGAUCUCUUCUGGAACAUUUCUUGGUCUUGUUGGCAGUGUCAUGUUCCUUCUGGGAGUUACUUUGAUGACACGAAGGCCACACUCUCCAAAAUGGCUGGACAGUUUGUGCAGAAGAGAAGGAUAGGGUGGAGGAACUGCUCUGUAUUUGAAUGCUGGGUGGUUGAGCUGGGAAAGCAAGAGAAAGAGAAAGAGCAGGUGAAAGGGGGAAUGGAAAUGGGGAGAUGUUUUCUAAUCUAGCUUUAGCUAUCUUAGGACCUCAGCCCUCCCCACUGGCCU